AUGUUCAGUAGGUACAGCUUCGUAGCGUUUUACGCAUCAAUGUCUGUGGCGACUAUAAGCUUCAAGCAAAGCGGUUGGUUGGACCGUGUCGUGGAGUAUCACAAAAACCGCUUUCUUGCUGACUUAAAAACGCUGCCAGGCGUGCAAAUUAAAGCAUCGAUCGAGCGAGCUCCUCACGGCUACGUGGACCCGGUCAACUGGGAUCUGGACUCCGUCUUGCGGCUCCUAGGACUCCUGCAACACAGCGGCGGGGCCGCCCCCUUGUUUCAGCACUUACGCAGAACUAUGCUAGGCCGCCGGUUUAUGAAAUAUGCAGACACUUUUAAAGCCUUCCCCAGUCUUUCUAAGGAUCACCCCAAUUAUUUCUACUAUGACAUAGAAUCGAUAGAUUACGAAGUGGAGGCUUCAAGCGACUUCCCCGGCGAGAUCACCGACGACUCAAUCGUUGUAAUCUCCAACCCGGCAGAGGCGCGUCUCCCAGCGGCCCAAAUAAGCGUCAGAUUGCUAAGAGAGAUACUGGAGGCCAGAGCGGUGGCGGCGAGGUACAUACCAACCACUCGGACCACAAUACUGUGGAAGCCUAUGAAUAAAACUACGAUGGCGGGGACAACUGCUGCGCUAACCACAAUCCCAGAUGUGACGAAGAGCGGUGGCGGCGAUGUCACGACAGCUGUUGCAGAGGGCGCUGGCAGCACCGCUGGCGGCGGUGCAACUACUGUUGAAACUACGUCACCUCCAGAAAAU